CUGCACCGACACCGCUCUGAGCAUGAAGUCUCUAUCUUCACCCGAGUCUCCCAGACAGAGGACCAUGAGAAGGGUGCCCAAACCUCUGAUGGAGAAACGCAGGCGUGAGCGAAUUAACCACAGUCUGGAGACUUUAAGAGUUCUGAUGCUGAAGAGCACACAAAAUGAGAAACUGAAGAAUCCAAAGGUGGAGAAGGCAGAGAUUCUGGAGAGCGUGGUCCAGUUCUUGAGGACAGAGAAUGAUGAGGACAGAGUCCUGUCCAAGAACCGGGCCUGUGGUGCCCGCCAGCACAGCUACCAUGAAGGCAUGAGGUCCUGCCUGCUGAGGGUCAGCCACUUCAUAGCCACCAAGAGCCAGGAGGCAGAGGACGCCGAUGGAGAUGCAAUUAAGGCUUCUCUUGCGCUCCCCGAGGCACAUACUCCCGCUCCCUCACCCGAACACAUCCACAAGACACUGAUACCCGCUGUAGACUCGACUUCUCUGGCUCCUCGUGCAGCCCGCCACCACAGCAAGCACGGAAUCUCUCAUCCGUACCUCACCGGCCUCCACUGCGAGAGCACGAAGCCGUUUUCCUCCAACUCAGGGUCCACGCACAUCACCGAUCCCGUGUGGAGGCCCUGGCCUCAGUAACAGAGACUUCAGACACAGAUUUUUAUUUGAGACUAUGAAGCUGUAGAUGCCAGCAGACAGUGUAAAUAUGUAUUUUAUUGUACAGCCGUGAAUUCUCCUGUACAGUCACAUUUUCUAUGACAUCGAUGAUAUUUUCCACAUGUGUGUGGCGUUUUUAUUUUGGCAUCCCCAAUAUUUUUUUCUUUUUUAAAUAUGAUGUGUACAUAUGAUAUUUUUUUCAGGCGGGGAUGUCUGCAGGCUGGUGUUAUUUUAACAUCACGAGAAAGUAUAUUUGGUGAUGCUUUUACGCGUGCGUAAGACGCUGAAAACAGUGCGCAAAAUCUGUUUUUUAUUUUUGCAGCUCGAUCAGGGGCGCUCUCCUGUUUUUUCCCUCUUUGCUCUGUGAUGUAAAUGAGGUUGUUGAAAGUUGUUAAAGCUGAACUUGUAUGUGAUUUACAAUA